AACGCGGCCGCUUGAUCUUGGCUACCAGCUGCAGGUGUGUGUGAGGAGACGCGGGCGGUAAUGGCGGCCCAGAGUGUGGACAAAGCGGACAUCGGAGCGCUGAGCCCUGAACAGCAGGAACAAUUGCGCCAAUUUAAGAUCAAGACAAGAAUAGCGAAUGAAAAAUAUCUAAGAGCUCAUCCAGAAGUGGAAAUGCUGCUGAGUGAUUUUCUAAGCGAUGUAUUUGUUAAAAGACCUACAGAUAUCCGCAAAUUUGCUGCAGAUCAUUUCAGUGAUCCAGACUUACCGAGGAAAAUUCAGAUAAAACUGGAUGAGAAAAUAUGAAGAGGUCUUGAAAUACAUAAAAUAAUGAUGAUCGCAUUGGCAAACAAUGACCAAGAUUUCGUUAACAUGAUACCAUUGUUAUCAUUGCUCUUUAUCAGGGGAGAAGACUGUGGCUCGUUUGUUAAAUGAGACUAUGGGGAUGUAAAAACUACAGUAUGAAGAUGAAUGUGAACACCAUAGUAAUGAGCGUAGUCAUCUGCUGCAUUAGGAGAGGACAAAAAAGCAUUUUUUUCCUAUUGAAACAAUCACACUAAUUUGAAUACAUCUUAACCAAGUGUCAUUAUCUAUCUGGGAUGUUACUGCCUAUAUAGAGUCUGGCAUACAGAAAGUGCAUACCUUCAUCUUCAUGGUUUUUGAAAUGUAUCUUAAGAUACACAUUUUCCACAUGGAUGUGAAUGGAAAAGGAAGUCCAUCUUCCAUCUUGCUAACAAAAUUGUUCAGAAUUUUUAGCACCCCAAAAUAGGCAAAAAUACAUGAUGUAUAAAUAACAAAAACAGCAUGUUUUGAGCUAAAACACAUACUUUUUAAAGUAGUCCAUUAUUUUUUUUUAUAAAAUUCAAAAGAACUAUUAAUAUUUUAUGAUGUUAACCUUGUAGAGAGCAAUAGCACAUAAUCUAUUUUUAUAAAGUUUAUAAACCUAAAAUACCCUGUAUUAGAAUUCAUAAUGCCACAGUUCCACACAAGUGCCUUUAAACCAUCAGACUAAACCAUUAAUUAUUUAACAUCAUAUUUGACACUUAACUUCAACUCUAGUGCUAAUGAUGCUUUGUGACAUUCAGGUGCUAGGUUUUGCCGUCAAGUUUGAAAUUCAGCUUUAAAAACUCAACUUUUACAACAAGCUGUUUAGAAGCAUUGCAAGAAAUACUGUAAGGCUGCUAGUUAACUCUUAUUCUAAACCUAUUAUCUUAAGGCUUUUUUUCCAUCCUUUACCCUUCCAUUCAUGGGAUAAGUUCCAGGCAAAUUUACAACUCCUUCAACUUUUUGGUAUCCAAAUUAUAUAAAUUGUACUUUUAACUGCUAAUAUAUUUUUGAAUUCAUUAUUUGACUUGUCCAGGUCGACUAACAUAUUUUUUUGUUGAAAUGCUUUUUUUUUCCUCCUGGUAAAAGAAGACAGAAAAAAAUGUGCAACAUCAUUAAUCCAGGGAAACAGGGCAUGUCUAAAGGGCACAGUAUAAACAAGUUCUCAUGAUUUAUAAAGGAAAAAAAUAGUCUUAUUGGUUGAGAUGACAAUUGUAAUUAUUCUGCACUAUCAUUAUUUUAUAGUAUGAUUUUUAUGAAUGGUGCAAAUAAUUCUGGCUAGUACUGUAUGUACCUUUUAUUCUAAUUUUGUGUAAACACAAUUUAAUAAAGGUGUUGUGCAAAGAAAUGAGCUGUUGCACCA